AAUAGUUCAUACUAUGAUGAGACAGCGGUUAAUUCAACAAGACCAAAUCACACAGCGCAAACAAUGUUGCCCGAAUUGACUAAAAAGUUGUUGAUUGAAAACGAUAUAAAAUCCAGCACUCUCAGCACAAAUCCAUUUGCAUCCAUUGUAAAUGCAACAAACGAAACAAUUCGAAAAAAUGACGAGUUGAAAUCAUUGUGUCAGCUAAAUUUUGGGACAAUGCAAAUGCCCAGUGUUUUUCUAACAAUUUACACAUUGUUGGUGUUCAUUUUACCCGGAAUAGGUGUGAUUUUAAACCACUGGGGUGUACAUCAUAAACUGUGUGCACUGUCGCUUACGGCUCGAGCCGCACACGGUGAAUUACCAUUGCCGAUGCCCAUCAUGAGAAGACCGACGCAUAUGAUUAUCGUUACUGGAAUGGCCAAUGCCGAUGCGGUACGUGAAGACGACGACAGCACAAAUGACGAAAAUAAUCAGCAAAAAGAUGAAAGACGACAUAUGAUGGAUUCAACGCGUCUAAAGGCCACCCCACGUACACCAAG